AUGAGUGUAGUAGGAGUUCGGAGCCAAGGAGAGUGGUCGAGGCGGUGUCUGCCAGAGCAAGGACCCUGCAGACGAGUCAUUUCCAUGGCUUCUCUACCCCCUUCAGUCGCGUCGGCCCAGAAUUUCACUCUGCCAGAGAUUCCCGAACUCUAUCGCCCCGACUUUCUUGAUGUCCUCGUUCCCGCACCCCCAGUUGAAGACAAGGCCGCUCCUCAGUCAGUCAAGUCGAACCCAAUGAUGUCGGCCUUGCAGUCCAUACCAACCUUCACUUUUACCCAGAAUGGUGCUCCCACAUUCAACACGACUGGGUCGCCCACACUCGAUGCUUUCCAAUUCGUGAAGGAUCAACGGGGAAGCGCUCUCGAUAUUCUGCUGUGCAAUUCGUGGAAGGAAGACCCUGCUCUGACGCUGCGCGUUAUUUGGAAUCUGAGGAGUAUACGUGACGGCAAGGGUGACAGGGAGGGGUUCUACCGCGCAUUCGGAUGGCUGUACAAAAGGCACCCUCGUACCGCAAUCUCGAAUCUGCGUUUGCUCGUCGAACCUGUCUGCGAGAACCGCAGGAGAGGCGACGCUCCGCACGGGUGCUGGAAGGACCUGCUGAAUAUCAUUGCUCUGGAGACAGUCGACGAACUAUCUGAUUCUCCAUCGUCUUCGCGGUACCUCCACUGCCCGCGUGACAAGUAUACAUACCCCAGCAAGGGCAAGGGCAAGGCUAGCGAACGUGAAAGCCGCAUCGAGGCUGCGAAACAGGCUAAUCUACAGGCUAAAGCGCGCGCACAGACGGCUAGAGCAGAGCGCGCGAUGUAUGCCCACCAGCAGAUUCAACACAAGCUUAGCCAGCCGAAAUACCGGGCGCUCUUCAUAGCGAUUGCUCGCCUCUUCGCCGAUCGCCUUGUGAAAGACCUCCAGCUCGUUCUGGAAGCUGACCACCUUCCAGCCGGUGUCGACCGUAUCCUCUUCCUGAAGCAGCUCUCCUUCGCGGGGAAAUGGGCCCCAACCCCCGGGCUAUCCCAUGAUCGAGUCACAAACAUCGCUUCGGCCAUCAGUCUCCUAAUCCAAGCAGCCAAUGUGUUUCCCCUGCCCUCAGUCCUGAGUGACCCCUCAUCGAGUCUCACUAGUCGCGAACGGCUUGCCAUCCUUCGAUCAUUUUACCAACGUUGGGUCCUCACACCUCUGCGAAGCGCAGGUGCCGUCGCGGAGCCGCUGAUGGCGGCCAACCGAUGGACAGACAUCAAGUACUUCCGGACAACUUCUUCACACACGAUCCACACGGCUUCGAGAACUACCUCCUGCGAGUCGGAGAGGGCAAAUCAAAAUAUCAGUGGCGCGACGCUGAUGCCGCACGAGAUCGUCGCCGAGCUCGUCUUCCGCGGGGCCGUGCGUGAGGGGUCGUCCAAGAAGCAGGCGCUCUACGACAUGAAGAAACGGCUGGCCAAGGCGCAAAUCCAGGUCUUAGAGGCGCAGUGGAAGACACUGGUGGAUAGCCUGCGAGAGGCCGGGUCGCUUGACAAUUGUAUAGCUGUGUGCGAUGUAUCGGGGUCGAUGGGCUCAAUAUCAGAGAAGCUUUGCAAGGAGACGCCGCAACCCAUAUUUCCAGCUGUCGCGCUUUCCCUCAUUCUGGCGCAGCUCGCAAAGCCACCGUUCAACGGCUUUAUCACGUUCGCUGAUAAGCCCAAAUUCGUCUCCGUAGAUCCUUCGUGGUCCGUGUACGAUAGCAUCCAGGUCAUGUCGAGGUCAGAGUGGGGCAUGAACACCAACUUCUACGCCGUCUUCGUCAAGCUCCUCCUUCCACUCGCGCUCAAAAACAAGAUCAAGCAGGAGGAUAUGAUCAAGCGGAUAUUCGUGUUCUCUGAUAUGCAGUUCGACUCGGCACAGAGGGGUGGAAAUUGGGAGACGACUCACGAUUUGGUGGCGAAGGCGUAUAAAGAGGCGGGAUACGAGGUGCCUCAGAUUGUGUACUGGGAUCUUGCGGCUUUUGGGACGGUGGAGGUGAGGGCGCAGAGGGAGGGCGUGGCGAUCAUGAAUGGGUUCUCGCCCGCGAUGCUGAAGGUAUUCAUGGGGGAGGAAGAAGAAAAAGAGGAGGCUUGGGAGGAGGUGAACAGCGCAAUGGAAACCUCGACGCUGGUAGAGCAGGACCCCUUCAACCCUCUCGCAAUCAUGAACAAGGCACUUGGGAAGAAGAGCUUCCAGCACCUCGUAGUAGUCGAUUGA